UAUAAAUACACCCUCUCCCAUCUUCACCCCCACCAAACAUGGCAAACCUCACACUCACACUUUUCAUUCUCGCUGUCCUCUUCCUCGCCGGAACUAUCACCGCCGACUACAUUACUUCUUCUUGCACAGCCACCACCUACCCUCGUUUAUGCGUCCAGUCUCUUUCUCCCUACGCAGAAACUAUCAAACACAACCCGGCUGAGUUGGCUCGGUUUGCGUUGAACGUAACCCUAAACCAGUCUGAAUCGGCCCAAUCUUUCCUCCAGAAGCUGACGGAAUCCAAAUGGUUGAACUCCCGUGAGCGUUCCGCUGUGGGAGAUUGCUUGGAGGAAGUUAAUGACAGUUUGGACCGGGUCAGAAAUUCAAUCCGUGAACUCAAUAGCGUGGAUCGGUUCAAAGGUCGGGAGUUCCUCUUGCACAUGAGCAAUGUUCAGACAUGGAUUAGCUCAGCCCUAACCGACGAGAAUACUUGUAUGGAUGGGUUUUCCGGUCAGGAAAUCGGGGGCCCGGUCCAAAGUUCGGUUCGGAUCCAGAUCAGUGAUGUUGCACAUUUUACAAGUAAUGCUCUUGCAUUAAUUAACCAUUACCUGAUAUGAUUUUAGUUUUAGGUUGUUAUAAGUUUGAGCCUAUUUUUCGUUUUUUUGAGCUUGUGAUACAUCAUAAUGUACAAAAGAAAUUAUAUGUUUGAAGAUGCUACAAUAAUAUGGUCUAGUGGUACUACGAACCCUAUUGAAAUAGGAUAAAAAAAAGGUGGAUGUUCACAGACAUGGCUAUGCCCUUAAGUCUGUUAGAGUAGAGAUGGUAGAAUGACUGCUUCGGUAUUUGAAAAACAAGAACCCGGUUUGAUGAGGUAACGUAUAUAAAGUUUUUGAUUUAAUUAUGUAUCAACAUAUAAUCCGAUUUAUUUCGUGGUCCAUUAUAUAUAAUGAUGAACUCUUUUUCUUCACAA